AUGGUCAAGCCCCUGUCCUUCAAGGGCGACAAGAAGCCCAAGAAGAGAAAGCGCGCGGAAGCCGAGGCCCAGAACGGCGACGCACAGGGCGGGGAGGUCGCUCGCACCGGCGGGGCUUCCGCGUCGACGGCGAACGCGGACGAUGACGACGAUAGCUGGGUGUCUGCCGAUGCCGUGACGGAUGUUGUCGGACCCGUCAUGUUCGUCCUGCCGACGGAACCCCCUACUGCCUUGGCGUGCGAUGCCGUGGGCAAGAUAUUUACGCUUGGAAUCGAGAACAUCGUCGAUGGCAACCCGUCCACGGCUGAGCCGCACGACGUGCGACAGGUGUGGGUUGCGAAUAGGAUCACAGGGACGGAGCAAUUCAGAUUCAAGGGCCACCAUGGGCAAUAUCUUGGAUGCGACAAGAAUGGCGUACUAUCAGCGACAUCGGCGGCUGUCUCGCCACUAGAAUCUUUCAAUGUCAUUGCAACGGCGGAUACUCCUGGCACGUUCCAACUGCAGACACUACGCGACACCUUUCUCUCCGUCAAGCCACCGAAACCCAACGUCACCACGUCAGAUGUCAGGGGCGACGAAGAGUCCAUCACGUUCAACACCACAUGGCGUAUCAGGAUGCAGGCGAGAUUCAAGCCGCGGCUCAAGGCGAACAAGGAAGAAAAGGCAAAGGAAAAGAUCAGUCGCAAGGAGCUCGAACAAGCCGUGGGACGCAGGCUCGAGGACGACGAAGUCAGGAAGUUGAAGAGGGCGAGAAGAGAGGGCGACUACCACGAACAAUUAUUGAUGUUGAAGGUCAAAGGGAAGCACGACAAGUACGGCUAA